AACAAGUAGUAAAACACCUGCAUGUAAUGAAGCGGCAUGUAAAAAAAUAUAUGUGAUAUUACACAGCUUUCGCAGUACUCCCCUACGCUAUUUUUCCUAACAUCAUUUACACCCAAUUUGUGUAAUAUUAACAGCAUAUUCCUUUAGAGUGUUGUUUGUUUGCCAAAUGUCAAAAUCAGUUAGUUUUCGUUUUCGCGCACCCACGACCGUUUUUAGCAGCAUCGGUUCCGAAAACACCUCCGCAGGUGUUGGACCUGUUACAACAGCUGGACUUUGUCUCCGGUGGUCGUCCAACUCCAGCUCAAGUUGGACCGGAAGCAUUUUGUUGACGGCGAAAGACAAAAAGUGAAGAAGUUUGCAGUUCCGUUUCGGGCAGUGGCUGCAGCAGCGCGUUGCAAAACUCCGGCGGCAGGAAAAAGCGGCCCCAAUCUGCCAUAAUCUUCUUCGACCUCGAGUACCUGCAGCGUCACCGAAAAUGCCAGCAAUUCAAACGAACCGCACAAAUGGUUGACCUCCGGAACGGCAAGAAGGACGAAGAAAAGAGUAAGAUUGAUUGUGACUUAAUUUCGUAUGAAACUAAUAUUCUUUGUUUUGCAGGAGCGUCAUCUUCAUAAAGAACGAACAGUUGGUGCCGACCGGGUGCGUGAUUACGCGGCAAUCAAGUCCCCGCCGCAGAUCACCGCCAGCUCCAGACGGUCGUAUGUUUUGGAAGGAAAACCUGCAAGUGAUCAAUUCGACUACGAGGUCGCGCGUGCUGGAUUGUUUCCAAAAGAUUCCGUGGCAAAUCGUGCUACAGUAUAAGGGCCGCAAGCAAGCCGUACCGGUGCGAGAAUCGACCAACUACGGCUCAAUAUGCCAAUACUACCUUUGCCAACCUCGAGCACCUACAGCGAGACCGGAAGUGUCAGCGACUCAAACAGACGGCCCAAACGGGUGGCCCUCAAGGAUGGAUGAGGGGCAGUGCCUGCCCAACAGGGACGUCAUCUUCGUAGGGAACGUUCGGUUGGUGCCGUUCAAGCACCUGCUCCCACCGUUAGAACCGGUGGUAACUCGGGUGGAGGUGGCAUUGGCGGUGUUGGAGGAAUUAGUAGCAAGGACAUGCUUGACGACGAUCAAAAUUUGACACGACUGCCGGCUACUGCAAAAAGACUAUCUGAAAGUGAACAACGACAGCAGAUUCCGCAUCGAACAGUGCUGAAUCUACAUCUGCCUAGUGAAGAGCGUUCAAGCAAUCACGAGGACUUCAAGCAAGCUGCCCCAUUGCUUGUUUAAUUUGAACACCGGAAGACAGGAGCGGGCCGGCGUGUUUCCUAUGGGUUCACCGUCGAACGUGUCGCAGAUUUGCGCCGGAGAGUGCUCGGACCGAGAACUGCUUGGACGCGAUUUGUGGUUCGAGCUGGCUGGAUUUGCCCUCGAUCAAGUAACUUGCUACGGCAUCGCUCCAAUUGAAGUCGGUCAUCAUGGAACACACCGAUGAAAACCGGAACAUUAUUCAUGCCAAAGUGGAACCUAGAUCGAGUAUCAACAGCGGCUCCAGCGUUAAGUCUGGAGGACGGAAGUGCAUCAACGUAAUCACCAACACCAUGAUAGAAAAUUGUCUGGUAAGCAUUCUAGAAAAUAUUGGACGCAGAGGAUUUUGCUUCUAACGCUCUUAAUUUUCCCCUCGCACCAGGAAACACCGGGAGGAACACUCGCCGAAGUUGACGACAAUGACAGCAUGAUGACCUAAACGCGCAUCGGAAAUCCACCAACAAGACAUUUAUGGCCAUCGACUUGAUUUUUUUUAAUUUAGCGCAAUAAAUUACUUUUUCAAACAACCGGUUCAUUAUUUGAAAUUUAUUUCUGAAGUAACCCACUCGAUACCUAUCCAGGAGGAAAAAUAGCAAUCUGUGUAAUAUUACACGUUUUUUGGGGUACACGCAGGAAUGUGAUUUUAAGUGUUUAUUUUGACCAAGGUGAUGUGCAUGCUUUUGCAUGCGAUUUUACCAUCGGA